AUGGUCCGACGCUCAUUAGUACAAACCACAUAUUCCCCCGAGAUAUGGCUGCUACUUGCCUCUUCUGCUUUUCUCACUCAAGUCACUACCGCCGGCAAUCCGCUUCAUGAUGAAUCUAACAAUCAUUGGUCUACUCUGACCCGGCGCAACCUGUUUCCAUCGUCUGCCACAAGCGCCUCGGUACCAACCACGGUCCAGCCUCAGGCCACCGUUACUCCCCCCAGCAACUCCGCCUGCAUUCAGCCCCCGCUUAACAACAGUACAUGGAUCCAACUGGGGAUAGACAACUAUCUAGCCAAUUUACCCAACGGUGCCUCUCUGAGCCUCGAGCACUACGCAGCUUCGGUUGGAGCUCCUAACUUCAUCUGUGGUGUAGGAGAAAAGUGUCAAGCUGGCCAGCUGUGCAGCCCAGUCCAAGCACCUGGAUGGGAAAUCCUAGUUGCAGCCCAAGAAUGGAACAACUAUCAGAACAAAUUCUAUGAAGCCGUGGGUACUGCAGUUCAAAUGGUCACAUCUAUUUCUAGCUCACUUGUGGUCGACUUCUACCCACCUAGCCACCACGGUGGGAUAUGGGAUUUAUUCUCGAGUUUCAACUUGGCUGCCGCAAUCACUUCCGGUGUAAUUGGCGGGAUCGCCCUGUUCGUCGGACUUCCCAUUGUCAUAGCAGAUAGUAUUAUUGGGGUGUUGGCCUUGGGUGCCACGGCAGCUAUAUUCGGUGGCGCUGGUAUCAUCUCAAUUCAAGAAGCAAUAAAACGUCGCGGACCUAAUGCAUUUGAUAAAUUUUCAGUCUACGCCUUUUAUCUUUCCGAAUGGCAAAAGCACGUCCAGACAGGUAUCGCAAACUCUACCAGGAGUAUUGUUUCUUCAGGUGUCAGUUCACCCCAGGGUAUUUCUACAGUGUUGAAGAAUGGUACCUUCUUUCGCGAGCGCCCCAGCUUCAAUGAGGCAGAGUUAGUCGGGAGCCUCAAAAACACUACCACGGUCCGUAUCAUGACGGAUAUCCUUAGAAGCCAAGGAGCAUUCGUGACGAUCGAAAGUGGUAAAUGUACUGGAAAGGGUCCAGGCGGAGCCUGGAAAACACACAACCACUUGUCUUACUGCUCUCCCAAUGGAACGAUGUUCAACAUUAUCCACUCCGGUAAAAAGAAAGUCGGUAACACGUGGUGGAAUGCCGACCUGAUUUCCAAGAAAUACGCAAUCACUGUCCAAUACCUCACUGAGCAAUCCUACUUCUGUCAAUUGAACCAUGGCGCGUCAAACUUUGAUCCCUACAAAUCUAGCUCUUUUCCAAAAGACUUGUCAGCCGAAUGCAUUUCGAACCUUCCUGUUUGUGAUUUUAGAAAUCCAGACCUCGCCGAAGCCCAGAAGGAGAAGAAUACAAUUCAUGCUUGUCGCCAUGUCGCGAAGCUUCCAAUCUGA